AUGGCGGAUGAUGCAGCGUCGUCAGCUGAAAGCUGUGAGUUGAACGCCCAGGUCGCUUCGGAAUGGGUCGACGUCGAGAUGGACGUGUGUGAAAAUGAUUCCGACAUGGACGCAAAUGAUUCCGACGUGGAUGCAGAAGAGUUCCAGACUGCGAUGAAGAUGCUGAAGAUUACCGAGCAUGUUGCUCGCAUGCAGCUAUCUCGUCCUGAAAUGCUCCGGGUGACCUCCGCGGGACAUAUGCUGGAGCGAUGCGGCCAGGGAUUGCGUCGUGGGCCCGCAUGCAACGAUCUGUAUUUCCUUAGCAGACCGGUCAAUCAAAUCCAGCAGUUUUGCUCGCACUCCUGGCAUGGGAGAGUUUGGGAAAAGGUGGUGCUCCUGCUACUCGUCUUCAAUGGUCUACCCGCCCUGCUGAUGGGCACGCUCGUGGUUGUCCUGACUCUCGCACUGCUUGAAGCUUACAGCAUAUGUUCCGGUGAAGCUUGGUACUGCAAUCACGCAGCCAUCAGCACAAGCCUGGGAGUGCUAGUCACCGGUUUGACGUUCCUCUUCUGGCAGUCAAGAAGAGAGGUGUUCUUGGACAAGAUCUGCAUUCACCAGAUAGAUGAGCGGCUCAAGUUGGAAGGUGUGUUGAAUGUGGCCGCCCUUGUGAAACGGUCGAAGUCCAUGCUGGUUUGUUGGGACACCUCCUACAUACGAAGGCUCUGGUGUGUUCUUGAGAUUGCGGCGUUCUUGCAGAGCCACGAAGAAGAUGCGCCACUUCAUAUUAAGCCUGUGACAUGGGCGCCCGUCACAGUCAUUCUUUUCUUGGGUGUUUGCUUUUUGUCUGUGAUCCUGGUCUCUGUGAUGGACGGCUUGUGGGAGAGCGACAUUUGGUCGGGGAAGCCGCUCGUCGCAGUUGCCCUCGCGGUGUCGGUGUUCAUGCCGUUGUCCGUGCUCUGCCUUUCUUAUGCAAGUGCACUUAUGCGUGGCCAUUUCCGCGCAGUUGAUGCAAUGGUUGAGCAGUUGCGAAGCUUCUCCCUAAAGCGCGACACGGUAUGCCACUGUUGCACUGCGAAUCAUCUUGAUAAAGAUGGGCAGCGCACUCCCUGCGACCGGCAUAUCCUCGAGGGGAGCAUCCGUUUGUGGUUCGGUUCUGUGGCAGAGUUCGACAAACUCGUUCAACAGCAAGUUCGCGCAGCUUUCGAGCAAAAGCUGCGGGGAUAUCCAGCACCGUACUCUUGGGUGAUUGGCGCCACGACUCCUAUCGUAUGGUCAAACUUUUAUUACUUCAUCAAGCUGAUGGCCGAGGGGAGGUAUGCUAUGGCGCUUGCGGACAUGUGCUACAUCACGUCCUACUGGUUGGCAACUAUACCCAUCAUGGCUGUCUUUUGGGCGUGCGCAGCCAGACACCUCAAGACGCAGCAGCACCAGUGGUGGAAGGAGGUUCUCGUAAACAUUGCUUGCUCGUUGUCCGUGGUAGCCGGCUACACUGUAAACGCUUUGAUUGAAGGCAUUUUAACAUUAUUGUUGCCCUUGGAGUGGAGCAAAGUCGCUUUCGCAGUGACGCAGGUGACCCUCCUUGCUGGUUUGCAUGGGUUCCUAUCCCGCUGUUUUUCCGCAAAGGCUGUGGCUUGCCAUGAAAACGUUCCGCAUCAUGCCCUUUUCUCCCCCGAAGGGGGCUGCACUCUUCCUCCCCCAAAAGGGGUCCUAGAGGCUUGUGAUUCUUUUUGA